AUGGCGCGCCCAGAUACAGACUUCCCGGCAAUCCGUGCCUGCAUUUUUGAUUUGGACGGGCUUCUCAUCAACUCCGAAGAUAUGAUCACGCUGGCCACGAACCAGCUCCUCGAGCAAUAUGGAAGGCCCCCUUUCACUGCGUCAAUUAGAGCCCAGCUUAUGGGCAUCCCAGACUCGACAAAUAGCGACGUAUUCCAUAACUGGGCGAAGGUGCCCAUCUCCCGUGAACAGUUCGCCUGUGAAUUGAAAGCCCGAAUGCGAAAGAACUUCCAGAACUGCACACCACUUCCAGGUGCGGAGACACUUCUGUUGAACCUCAGUCGCGCACGUAAUGCUUCUGGGGACAGGAUUGAGUUAGCAUUGGCGUCCAGCACCAAAAGCCAAAGCUUCGAAUUGAAAAUUUCGAGGCCGGAAACGAAACAAUUAUUAGGCUACUUUCAGCCCGACAGACGUGUCCUUGGUGAUGACUCGCGGGUACGACAGGGUCGGGGAAAGCCGGCGCCUGACAUAUACUUAGUUGCAUUGCAAACGCUGAAGUCAGACAUAAACGCGACGCCCAUCUUGCCCAGCGAAUGUUUGGUGUUCGAGGAUAGUGUGGCUGGAGUAGAGGCUGGAAGACGAGCCGGGAUGAGGGUCAUUUGGGUACCGCAUCCAGAUGUUGCUACCGAAUACCAGGCAAGGCAGAAGGAUGUCUUGGCCGGGAGGACGGAGAUGAUAAAUGGGGGAGACAAUACGGGAGUACGAGAGGUUGAUGAUGGCUGGGCUGAAACCAUAUCAAGCCUGGAGGAAUUCAACUACGAGAAGUACGGUCUUGACGUGCAAUUUUGA